UUUCAAAGGCUGCGCGGGCAAGCCUACAAAGCCAGCCUCUUCUGCGGUGCUUUUACGCAUUUCUAUUUCUUUGUCAAGUGCGAGGGAAACAGGGCUCAACAUAGACCGGGUGCGUAGAGGGGUGUGGAGAAUUGCUAAGGAUAGAACGGAAACUCAAGGCUUUUCUACAAAGUCGAGAUCUGUAGACUUACAGGUUAUUUAAAGGGAAGAGUCACCUCAAGUCUCCACAUCCUGCCAGCCCAGGGAGGCAAACAAGAGCUGUGUUCUGCAGGCUCGGCGCCAACGCAACUCUCCCCACACAGGGUCCGCAAUGGGAGGGUGGCCUGGAAAGACACCAAACACACACACACACGCACACACACACACACACACACACACACACACACACACCAGCCUGCCUCACCUUCUCGAUCGUCUGGUCUACCGCCUUCUGAAAGACUCGAGCCACUAGCAGCGUGACGCUGGUCACCAGCAGCAGCAGAGACAGCGUCCCCGCCGUGUAGAAGCAGCAUCUGCCCAUACUGCGCGCGGCUCACCGGCCAGGCCCGGGACCGAACGGCGAGCUGGAACAAGCCUCGGCCAAGGCCGAGCAGCAGCCGCCCAAAGCCGGGGGGGGCCCUGCGGCUCCCGCACCCUCUCUGUGCGUGUUCAGCCGCCGCCCGCGCGGUGCGCACAGCCCUGGAGUAGGUACCGGGAUGAGCAGCAGAGCCGGCGCGAUCGCGAGUGCUCGGGCCGCCUGGCUUUCGUUUUCUCCGGCUGCUGCAGCCAGGGAGGUGCAGGGAGCGCGCAGAGCGGUGACGCGGGCCGGUGGGGCUCGCCAGCAAGCCGCGGCAGCACUGAUGGUGACGGCUGGCGACUGCGCCGGGAAGCGGGAGGGGCCGGGCGGAGGCCUUCAGUCAUGUGCCCUGCAGCGGCCCCUGCGAUUCGGCGGGCGUUGCGCCUGCAUCCUCUCCCUGCAGGCGGCGCGGUCAUCCAGGGAACUGAAAUCGCCCUUCCCCGUUUGCUCAGCCGCUUUCUUUCUCCUUCAGAUCUCUGCUGAGGGCCCACGGUGGGCCAAGCAUGGGGAACCCCGGCUGGACGCGCGGUUUCCCUUACUCCAGAGGAUCUCCCGGGUUCCUUGGAAGAUUUAAGUACAAUGUAGCGAAUGCUUUUACAAGGUGCCUGCUGAUUUGUGCCUGCAGAGACAUUUGCCUUGUUGGGUUGAACUGGGUCUUCAGGAAUAAGUCAGAGUGUGUCCUCAAGAAAGUGAGAAGGAGGCGUUUGCCUCCACAGACUGAAGGCAAGGGAGUUAACUGUUGAGUAGUCUAGGCCUUAUGCUGUAGGGUUUGUGGUGCCAAGCCCUCGGAGAUCAGAUUUUGAAAGGCUCUGUCUGUGUCCUGAUAAAGGGCGUUAACAGAGAAGCAAGUCAAGUAGAGCAGGUGUUUAUUGUCUACUUUGUCAUCAUCAGUUGAAUAAGGGUUAGUUCCGUGACUGGCACACACAUACAAACACACAAACACGCGGCAGCCCUAUUAUGAAGCAGAGAGAAGUGCUGUACAGGUUGUAAGAGGAACUGGAGUUGGGAUAUGGCGGGAUGUGGGUGUGAUUUCGUUAAUGGGAAAAGGCAAGUAGGGAAGCCGGGUGCAAAGUAAUACCUAGCAAAGCCGUGGGGAGAGAGUAGUCCUUGAGGCAAACUGGCAUGUCCCCAAAUUCUGACAUAUCUCAGAUGUAGACCUGCCUUAAAUAUCCCUGUGGUGCUUAAUCAGCGGACUGGAAGCAACCUUGAGAAGUUAGCCUUUACCAGCUUGGGAUAGAUUUCAGUGUUCAACAGCUGAGAGGCUCAUCAGUCACUAAUGCCAUCUGCAGGGGAAGAUCUGAACUGACAUUUUCUUGGCCAGGCCAGUGUCCUUAUCAUUAAGGAGUCAGCCCACCAGGAUGGAAAACACUCAAAUAAUCGUGACACUGGAGGCAGCCUGUACCAUAGAGGGAGACCUUGUCUCAAAAGAGGAAAGAAAACAAAGUAGAAGCACACAAAAGAAGCUCUGCCUUA